GGCGCGGUAUAAAUAUCGCUAGUGCACUGCGAUACGAACAUAACAGUGCAAGUAUUGGCAGCGCAAGCAUUGGCAACACAAGAUAGCAACAUGAAAGCAGCAGUGGUCUUCACGGUCUUGGCGAUCAUGGUGUGCGCCAUGGUCCAGGAAUCCGAACAAGUAGCUUUGGGCCUUCCCUCGAUGCCAUCGCUGCCCAAGAUGCCAUCGCUGCCCAAUAUGCCAUCGCUGCCCAAUAUGCCAUCGCUGCCCAAGAUGCCCUCCAUGCCCUCGUUACCUUCAUUGCCCUCGUUGCCUUCAAUGCCUUCAAUGCCUUCAAUUCCUUCGCUACCUUCGCUACCCUCGCUGCCCUCGAUGCCCUCGUUGCCGUCGAUGGGCUCAAUGACGAAUCUGCUGAAGGAUAAGAUGAUGAGUGGCAUGGACGAAACAGUGAAGCAGGCGUUGUUGGGUGGCAUGCAAGUAUCGAUGGGGAAAAUGUUGAUGCAAGGCGUUGAUCCAAAAUUGUUGAUGGAGAUAUCGGAGGAUUGCUUUAAAAAAGCGUGUUCGGUGACGUGGAACAAAGGUGUUGGUAUGUUACCGUCGACGGAGAUCGUAGUAAAAUGCAUUGAAGGAGCGGCGAUGAAGACGUUGGAGAAUGGCGUUAAAAAACAGAUGGAAGGGGUGGCGAAGAUGGCCGGGCUCCAGAAGAGAAGCAUUGGUAUGGGACCAAUGAUGGGUAUGUUGCCUAAUCCCAUGGGCUGGAACAAACGGCCGUCUAUGUCGUGGUCAAUGCCGGGUAUGCCAUGGCAAAUGCCGCAUAUGCCAUGGGGAAUGCCGCAUAUACCAAUGCCGCAUUUGCCAAUGCCACCUAUGCCUCCUAUGCCAUGGCCAGUGCCACCUAUGCCAUGGCGUAGGCCAACUACUACGACCGCAACACCGGAACAAACGACAGGAGUACCGGAACAAACGACAGGAGUACCGGAACAAACGACAGGAGUACCGGAACAAACGACAGGAGUACCAGACCAAACGACAGGAUACGCAACAGGAUCAUUCCCGACUACUUCCUAGACAUUACAUCCACAAUGGCAUCUCAAUAAGGAAUUUAGCAGGAGAAUAACAAACGCAAAAAUUACCACAAAAGGAAACAAAAUGACAAAUUGUUCAAAUUUAAUUGGAAAAUGACGUAAUUGUAUUAGCACUUAUAAUAAAAAAAACUAGUACUUA